AUGCAAUUUUCCGGCAGACUGGUCAUCAUAAUCGCGUUGUCCGUAACCACACUGCUCGCGAGCAACAUCAUUGCCAUCAAGCCGGUGGCGCUGUUCACACUUCCGUUCCAAGUAUUCGGCGAUAACCUGUUUGUCGUUUCCGCAGCAAUAAUCUGCUUCCCUGUGAGCUACAUAGUCAGCGAUGUGCUGACCGAGGUGUACGGCUUCCGUGUGGCGCGGGGCGUGAUAUGGCUCGGGUUCGUCUGCAACCUGCUGAUGGUGGUCCUGUUCUUGCUGGGCGGCUUGAUACCGGGUGCAGGGUUCUGGGAGGGACAGGACGCAUACCGGGCGAUACUCGGCGCUACGGGCUGGAUUUUACUGGGCAGUUUCAUCGCGUAUAUCGUAGGUGAGUUUACAAACGCCGCAAUAAUGGUCGUGCUUAAGAAUAAGACGCAGGGACGCCAUCUCUGGGUACGCACCAUAUCAUCUACCGUAGUUGGACAGGGCAUCGACUCUGUGCUGUUCUUCGGCAUCGCGUUCGGCAUUUCCGGCCUGUGGCCAUGGCCUGCCGUGUUCGCCGCGAUGAUAUUCGCGUGGGCGGCGAAGACGGUGUAUGAGAUCGCAGCCACUCCACUGACUUACCUGGUCGUCAACUGGCUGAAGCGGACUGAGCAUAUGGACAUCUAUGACGCGCCGCGGUCGCUGAAUCCGUUCGGCAUAUUCGGCGACGAAUCGGAGGGCAGCGUGAAUGCUGCGUUGGAUGCAGCAGAUUGA